AUGGCCAGCACCAAGCCAUUGACGAUGCUGGCACGUGGCCCAUCGGCCACCACACUGCUCAGGCAGUCGCAGUUCGCUCCACGCUUCGCCUCGCCCGCCACCGUCGCCUUCUUCAGCACAACCUUCCCGCGCGCCGCCACGCCCGCUGGACCUCCCCCGCCUGGAUUCCGGUUACCGCCCCAGAAGAAGUGGGACGAGGGCGAGUCGGCGCUGGACAAGGCCGGAAAGUACUUCUUGCUCAUGGAGAUGUUCCGCGGCAUGUACGUGUCGCUGGAGCAGUUUUUCAGGCCCCCAUACACCAUCUUCUACCCCUUCGAGAAGGGCCCCAUUUCCCCCCGCUUCCGUGGCGAGCACGCCCUGAGACGGUACCCGACAGGCGAGGAACGUUGCAUUGCCUGCAAGCUCUGCGAGGCUAUCUGCCCAGCGCAGGCCAUCACAAUCGAGGCUGAGGAGCGUAUGGACGGCAGCAGGAGGACCACGCGCUACGAUAUCGACAUGACAAAGUGCAUCUACUGCGGUCUCUGCCAGGAGUCUUGCCCCGUCGAUGCCAUUGUCGAGGGCCCCAACGCCGAGUACGCCACCGAGACACGAGAGGAGCUCCUGUACAACAAGGAGAAGCUGUUGGCCAACGGCGAUAAGUGGGAGCCUGAGAUCGCAGCCGCUGCCCGCGCGGACGCGCCUUACAGAUAA